GUCCUUCCAUCAGCAUUCUUGGGUUCAUCACUCUCACCCACAAGACGCUUUCUUUCCCCGCUGACUGCACGUCUUAUGACUUCCAUACCAUUCACGGUAAACCCUAGAGACGGCGGUUUUGGAACAUCCCAAGAUCUGCACAGUUUGUGAGAUGCUGCGGACUCCCACUUUCAACCCCCUUUGAAACUCACCCGUGAAUCACAGUUCAAAAUAUCCUGGCGUCUGUUCAUGUUUGUAGUGUCGUGCUGUCUUCUUCUUUUCCGCUUAAGCCAACCUAGAAGCCUGCAUUAAGGAACAUCACUCCCACCUACUGCGUCAAGUGUGCAAUUUACCGUGUUCCACAUUUAAAUUCUGUUUUAAAUAGCAGAGUGGGCCUGGUCUGGGCAUAAAAGUCCCGGGCUGUAAAAGUGGCCCACUCCGGUCCUGCUUCCAACACACUUCAAGGAAUCAUAGUACAACUUCCCUGUGUGUCUAAGCCAACAGCGGCAUCUAGUGUAAUUUCUGUGCAUACACAUUUUAAUUUUUAUACAGCGACAAAACGUCAGUCUCGCUCUUAUGUAUGUGUGAUGCCCCGGACUUGUUGAUGAUAACUACAUGAUACAAAAUAAUGUGAUUUUGAGUCUAAAUGUUGUUCUAAAUGUUGAUGUCAAAAGUCAGACCAUCACUGCACACAGUCUAUAGAGACUGGUCAGCAGGAUUUGACCACCUGUGGCGAGAACAGUGUCCAAUCAAAACGGACUUUCUGCCCAAUUGUGAAGGACUGUGAUGUUCGGGAAGGAGCGACCGCUAUGACAAAAAAAAUCACGUGAGACGCGAGCGCCUCCUCUGACAGUGGACAUCGUGCGCUCUUCGCUUUGUUCGUUAAGUGACGGAGCGACAGUAUGAGACGCCAUGGCAUGGUGUGACCGAGGGGUUCAGACUCUGCUGGCCAUCGUGGGCGCUUUUGCCGCUUUCAGCCUCAUGUCCGUUGCCAUCGGUACUGAUUACUGGCUGUACUCCCGAGCCUACAUCUGCAACACCACUAAUGUCACCACGGACGAGAAUCAGAUGCAAACCAAAAAAGUUAAAGGCGACCUAACGCACUCCGGACUGUGGAGGAUCUGCUGCAUAGAAGGUAUUAAUAAAGGAAGCUGUUUUUGGAUCAAUCAUUUCCCAGACGAUAACAGCUACGAUACAGACAGCUCAGAAUACAUCUUACGUAUAGUGCGGGCAUCGAGCUUGUUUCCCAUUCUCAGCACCAUCCUGCUGAUGCUGGGCUGCCUGUGUACUGGGGUUGGACGGAUCUACAGCAGGAGGAACAACGUCUUAUUAAGUGCAGGAAUCCUGUUUGUGGCUGCAGGUCUGAGCAACAUCAUCGGCAUCAUCGUCUUUAUCUCCAGCAACGCUGGCGAUCCCAGUGACAAGAAAGACGAGGACAAGAAGAACCAUUACAACUAUGGCUGGUCUUUUUACUCUGGCGCUCUCUCCUUUAUUGUGGCUGAAGCUGUGGGUGUUCUCGCUGUGAACAUAUACAUCGAGAAAAACAAAGAGACACACUUUCAAGCGAAGCACGGUUUCAUUACAACUACACAGUCCUCUUCACCUUACGCUCGCAUCCCCAGUUUCCACCGUCGACGGAGGAGGUCACGCUCAAGUUCCAGGUCUACUGACCUGUCCAGGGACCCCUCCCCAGUUGGAAUAAAAAUGGGUGGAGGAGUAGGAUUGGGAAUGGGGCUGCCGAUGGGAGACAUAUCCAUAUACACCUUCAAUAGGGAACCCAUGAAAAGGGGCAAUAGUACUACAGGACCUUAUAGUCCUGAAAGGGACUUUUUACAAGUUCACAACUGCUUCCAGAAUGAUCUGAAGGAUGGCAACAACAGGAGAACCACACCAGUGUGAAUUCUGGUACGCACUGCUGUAUGGAACAGGUUGUUUCCCAACCCCAUGGCACACCACCAAACAAAAAGCUCACAAAAGGUAUAUAUAGGUAAAAAAAUAUGAUAAUCUUUUAGUUUACACUUACUCCAAAAUUUAUUUAUUUUUUGAAAUUUGGUAAAACCCUAGUAGUUAGUGAAAAAUUGUGUUGAACAUUUUUGAAAAAAAAAAUUGAAAAUGUUAUCUUUUCUGCAUGUUUCUCAUCAAAUUGGAGCAUUUAACAAAGUUUUAGGAUUUUUGUAUUAUUAUAUUUGAGGAAAAAUCUGCAUUUGUCAUGUUUUGGUCAGAUUGUGAAAAAUAUCAAUGAAAACGUUUGUGAAAAUGUCUUUUCACAAUUUACUAACUCAGUGUGAAACCUGUUUAGUUGAAGACAACACUGAUAUACUCACAGAAAUUGAAGAAAGACAAUGAUCUUCUUUAACAUCUCUGAUUCUCUUUCUUUUAGUUUACAUAGUCAUCUGCUGCCACCUAGUGGAAGAAUGUUUAAUUGUUCUCCGGUCACUAUGCAACGUAAGAAACUAAGUGCAGCGCAACCCAGUAUCUGGCUAUGUAAAAAGUAUCGAUUUGUUGUAUUUGUACAAAGAAAAAAAACUUUAACUCAGAGUGUAUCUUUUGAAGCAUUUGAAGGAUAAAUAUUUACAGUGUGUAACUUUGUCAGUUUGUCACAAAUUUUAAACCCGUAUUUUGUUCAUGUUGUGAGAUAAAAUAUUAAAUGAGACGUGACACAUCAGUGAAACAUCAUUUUCAUCAGUUCUACAUUUCUCAUUUCUCACCUCUUCUUGUCUCACUACUGCCAGCCAACAGGAGUGUGUUAAAGGGAACCUGUUUACCAGCGUAAUGCACGGCUGAGCUGCUAUACUGUAUGUUCACACACACACACGCCCCGUUUAUGUAGUGAACUGUGUUUGUGUGAAAGGUCAUAAAUAGUUGAAAUCACUUUGUUGCAGUUAAAUAUUUUAUGCUGCCGUUUAAUUGAGAGAGAAUCUUUGUGUGUAUGUCUGUAAGGGUUUACAGUAUGUAUAGCUAUACUUGUGGGGACAUUUUUUAGUACAAUGCUUUGUUGUGGGGACAUUUUCAGGGACCCCACCAAGUGUGGUAUGAAGGUAUUUUGAAGUUUAAUGUUACUUCUGGAGUCAGAUUUAUAAGAGAGUCUGUGUUAAGGUUAGGGUAUGGAUUAAGCGUAGGUAAAUCCUCAUAACUUCUGAAAACCAGACUGUGUGUUUGUGUAUUAGUUUUGUAAAAUUUCAGUCAUUUUUUUCAACAUUUUUUUGUUUUUAACAAGAUUUAUUUCACCAUUCAUAUUUGUUUACUCUAUCACUCAGAUUGCAACAUUGCAUUCUUUCAUAAGUCUCUCACUUCCUUAUGUCUCUCAUUUCUCCUGUGACCUGUGACAGACCAUUUGACUAACUAUGACAGAAGUAUCGGUUCUUAGAUGCUGAUUAGAAUCAGAAACUCUCUGUUGUGUAUUUGGGAAUUUAUUUCUGUUCUAUUCCUCCCUCUGUAAGCCCUAAUAUCCAACCUAACUAAAACAAACAUGACAAUAAAGGAAAGCUCGACUAUGCAGUAGUUUUUUUUUUUCAUACAUUUAAGAAAGUAAUUCCCAAACUUUUUUGGCCGCCAACCCCCUUCUACAUCCCCACCGCGUUGACACACAUUAAAGCAAUUUAAAAAGUUUUUUAUUAUUUUUUUUCUGAAAAA